GCUGGGGUCACCUUUCGCUUCUUUGUUUCUUCCCAGCUUUGUGCUGAUAAAAUCAAACAAUCCAGGAGUCACUUAGCAUCAACAGGAACAAAGUGGAGCGCAGUCAACAUUUAGCCACAGGCAGUUUAGGAGCCAAAAUAAUUUCUACAAUGACUAUUCCUGAGGACGAAGGAAGAGGAAUUAUUCCAACCGUUCUAACUAGUGAGGUGAAAACUCAGUAAUGAGAGUGUUGAUACAUUUGCAGCAGCAGAUUCAAUUCAGAGAGUCUGGUGAUGGUGAGAAAACCUGAGGAGGACUGAGCUGUUGGGUGUGAGACGCUGGUUUCUAACACUAUUAGGGAGCUGAUGGGGAACUACAGGACUAUGAGGCUCAUUUCUGUGCUGUACCAAGUCCAGUGUUUGGCUGCCCUAGUUGCAGCAGCAAUCUCCACAUGCAGCUUGGACAACAGAGCCAGCUGCUCGAAAAAUGAAAUCCCAGGAAACCGAACUAUAAAGAGCAAAUCUGACAUGGCCAUCCUGCGCCUCCCCACCAUGGAGUUUCAACACUCCAGCCGCUUCAGUCGGAUGAAGAGAGACUGGGUUAUUCCACCAAUCAGCUUACCAGAAAACGACAGGGGUCCAUAUCCCAAAGUUGUGGUACAGAUUAAGUCAAGCAAUGACAAUAAGGUGGCAGUAACCUACAAAAUCACUGGACCAGGAGCUGACGAGCCACCUGAGGGCCUUUUUACCAUAGAUAAACACUCUGGGAUGAUGUUUGUGACCCAGUCACUGGACAGGGAGAAGAAGGACAAAUACAACUUAUGGGCUCACGCGCUGACUGAGGGCGGCAAGGCCGAGGAUCCCAUGAAGCUCAUAAUCAAUGUGAUUGACCUGAAUGACAACCACCCAGAGUUCACUCACAGCCUCUUCAGUGGCAGAGUGAGUGAAAGCGCUGCCAUCGAUUACUCCUUCAUGGGGGUAACAGCAGGGGAUCGGGAUGAUCCAAAGACAGACAACGGUAUAGUUAGGUAUCGCAUUCAGGCUCAGGCGCCGGCAUUGCCCACACCAAAUAUGUUUGCCAUAAACCCAGCGAGUGGAGUCAUCAGUGUGGCAGCAGGUGGACUGGACAGAGAGAUUUACCCGGAGUACAAGCUGAUCAUUGAGGCUGCUGAUAUGGUGGGGGAGGGGUUAACAACAUCCUGUACGGCUGUCAUCACCAUUACUGACAGCAAUGAUCAUGCUCCACAAUUCACCGUCACAUCUGUGUUGAGUUCAGUCCCUGAGAAUGAGGUUGGAGUGGAGGUGAUUAGGCUGAAGGUCACCGACCAGGAUGAGCUCGGGUCUCCCAACGCCAACACCAAAUAUUCUAUAAUUAAAGGCAAUGAGGGCGGAUACUUCAACAUCAGUACAGGUCCCAGUAAAAUGGAGGGAAUAAUCACUACAGCCAAGGAACUGGAUUUUGAAAGCAUUCGUGUCUUCACUCUGCUGGUGGUGGUGGAGAAUGAGGUUGUGUUUUCCAGGCCCGUGUCGACCUCCACAGCGACGGUCACCGUGAGUGUGGAGGACAGGAACGAGCCCCCUGUUUUCAACCCAGCAGAGACGCAUGUGAGCAGGUCAGAGGACGCAGCUGUAGGGAGCACAGUGGCCCAACUCACCGCCAGGGACCCCGACACCGCCAGGAAACAGAGCAUUAGAUAUCAGCUACUUGAGGACACUGCCAAGUGGCUGACCAUUGAUAAAGACACCGGAUUGGUCAAAGUCAAAAGCAGGAUGGACAGAGAGUCAACGUUUGUCAAAAAUGCCCUAUACACUGUCCUAAUUUUGGCUUAUGAUAAUGACACAUUCCCUGCUACAGGCACAGCGACUCUGAUCGUGACUCUGUUAGAUGUGAAUGACAACGCUCCUCUGAUCAAGCAGAGGAGAGCCAGCCUCUGCAACAGAGACCCCUCUCCUGUCCUGCUUGAUAUUGUGGACGUUGACGGACGUGGCAACUGCGAGCCAUUUACAGUGGAGCUUCAGGGAGAGCACCGGAUCAACUGGACCGUUAGCAGCAAUUCCACAAGCAAUGUGGCAGCCCUGGCCCCUAGAAGGUUGCUAUCACCUGGAGACUAUGGCGUGCUGAUGCGUAUCUACGAUGCUGGCAUGCUCUACCAAGACAGCACGCUGGAGGUAGAGGUGUGCCACUGUCAAGGGGCCGUCUCCACCUGCUUCAUCCCACAUCCUGAGUCUCGGACACACGUUCCCUCUCUUGCAACUGCAGUUCUGGGAGCCAUUUUUGGAAUCCUGUUGCUGCUCCUGCUGCUGCUCCUGUUCUUAAGAGGGAGGACCACGGAGAAGGAGGCGCCUCUGCUUGAAGACGUAGUUCGAGACAACAUCUUCUACUAUGACGAGGAAGGAGGAGGUGAAGAGGACCAGCAAUAUGACCUGAGCCAGCUCCACAGAGGACUGGACAGCCAUCCCAGCGUCUUUUGUACUGAUGUGUUGCCAAUUGGUCAGACCCUCCCCCUCUACCGUCUCCGACCCCAGGUGGAUGAAGAGAUCGGUAACUUUAUUGAAGAUAACCUGCAUGUUGCAGACAACGACCCGACCGCUCCUCCCUAUGACUCCCUCCUGGUGUUUGACUAUGAGGGUGUCGGCUCUGAGGCAGGAUCUCUCAGUUCCCUCCACUCCUCCAGUUCAGACGAGGAGCAGGGCUUCCAGAGCCUGGCCUGCUCGGGGCCACGCUUCAGCAGGCUGGCUGACCUGUACAUGGCUGGUGCAGAGGAGGACGAUGACACAGAAACACUGCCAGGGAAAACCGAAUGGGUCUGAAUAGGUCUCCAGCUCUGUGUCCAUCUGGCCAAGGUCCUCAGAUUGCUGCCUGAGCUGCUCAUGAGCUGCCCCUUGUGGAUUUUUUGGAAGCUGCUCAUCAUGUUUCCCUGUGAAAGCUGUGAAUGUGAAUUGUUUUCCCAAUUAGGAGUUUUGUAUGUUGAUGGAAAUGUUUUCUUUAACAAUACACUCACAGUGCAUUUCUGGUUAUGGUGCCUAAGCAAAUGAGGAGCUUUGGAUUGCCUUGUUUUUUGGUCAAAGCAAAUUUGAAGGAACAUUAAUUAGAAUGAUCA